AUGAAAAUCAUAAGUUGGAACUCUCGUGGUUUGGGGAACCCGAGUGCUUUCCGACAUCUCAAAUUGCUUGUCAAAGAGCAAUCCCCAAGUGGGUUGUUUGUUAUGGAAACAAAAUUAGGUCCUAAUUCUAUUUCUCACUUUCGUAGUUCUUUAUGUUUUAAUAAUGGACUUGAAGUCCUUCGUGUUGGUCUUAGUGGAGGUCUAAUGUUACUUUGGAAAGAUGAUGUAGAUGUAACCCUCUUAAAUUAUAAUAUGAAUAUUUUUGAUUGUUACAUGGCUUGUGGAUAUGGUCUUACUUGGCACUUUACUGAUUUUUAUGGUGCCCCGGCUGCUCAUAAUCGUCUCCAUACUUGGACUUUAUUAGAGAGAUUAAAAGAUGUUGCACCUUUAUUGCCUUGGUUAGUAAUUGGAGACUUUAAUGAAAUCCUUUCCAAUCAAUAUAAAUCGGGUGGAGCUUUGCGUAAUGAGGCUCAAAUGGCCAAAUUUAGACAUGUCCUUGAUCGCUGCCAUCUUAACGAGCAAGCUUUUAAAGGUGAUCAGUUCACAUGGAUUAAAGGAAGGCACUCAGUUGACACAAUAAAAGAACGAUUAGAUUGGUGUUUUGCAAAUACUUUGUGGGGGGAUACGUUCCAACCAAUUACUACUCAACACCUUGACUAUUACUGUUCGGAUCAUCGUGCAAUAGCAGUCCAAAUUUUGCCUAUAAACUCUACACACCAGCAGCAGGAGCGGAAAAAACGCACCAGGUUUCGCUUUGAAAAGAUUUGGUUACAAGAGGAGGAAGCUAUAAACUUGAUUCAAAAAAAUUGGCACCAAGUUACAACCGAGAAUGUGGCUGCUGUUUUUGUAAAUAAUCUUCAACGGUGUGCUGACUCUCUUCAACAAUGGCACCAGCAGAAAUUUAGCAGCUUUAAAAAGAACAUGUAA